CUUCAUGAUGUCGAGGGAGAAAAACGUUCUACAACCGUGCUAGCUGCAGUUGAGGUCGACCAGGUCGACGAUGCCAUUUUCGAGCGGUACUCCGAGCUGGGAAAACUCUUGAAGAUCGUAGCACUUUGCCUUCGAUUUGGAAGAAACUGUCUGCGUACUAAGGCCGAUCCGUUGGCCACUUGACUCCGUCGGAGGUGGACGAGGCGCUGAAAAGAUUGGAAAUGCGUCGAUCAGUGCAACACUUUUGGAACCUGUGGUCGACCGACUACAUCAGCCAGCUGCAUCAGCGGUCCAAAUGGAAGGCGGCCAAACCCAAUCUCCAAGUCGGAGCUCUGGUGCUCUUGAAGCAGGACGGUCUCCCACCGUUCAUGUGGAACCUCGGGCGAGUGGAAGAAGCGUAUCCCGGAAGUGAUGGUCUUGUGCGUGUUGUGCUGGUACGCACUGAACGUGGUUCAUUCAAGCGAGCCGUCACUCAGGUCCGAGUGCUUCCGAUCGAGGAUGCAGCAGAAGACGAUGGCCAACAGCGUACAACAAGAUCAAUGGUUGAAACAAACCGUUUCAACGGGGCCCGGGAUGUUUGAUGGAUGAUUAACAUUUACUAAUAACUUUGAAUUUGUGUUUAAUCUUGAAUUUGCCUAAAAUAAAUUGAAAGUGUAUGAAUUAGAAGUAGUAGAAAAGAGCGAUAAUUAGACAGAUCUACAGGAAGUAGAUGUUUUUUGUGCAGGAAAAUUUUCAUUGUUACACAUACUAACGCAUUAGG